GGUGUGUUCGAACCUUACUCGGGCAGCGAAGGCAGACGAACAGCGAAGAAUGGAGAGAGCUGCUAAUGUCGCUCCGCUGAUAGUGUGAAGCAUCGUUAACAACAACAGAAAAGCUCGCCUCUGAGCUCCAGGCACCGCUGAACACUUGGCGUAGCAGAUACACGCGUUUUGUCCGGUUCGUUUGGAUUUAUGACGUUGAAGGUCUUGCACCUUCUCCUUCCUGUGACAAAUGUUGAGGCCAGAAAUCAGUCUCUUCAACAACUGUUAGAGGCGACAGGGUGAGGACAAGGAGGAGUGUUGGUUAGCCGUACCAGGUUUUGUCUCAUGAGCGUGACUGUGCCGUCCAGGCUCUGCCAGUGACCCGGGCUGUGGCUGUGGUGGGCCCGGCCCAGGAGGCCUUUUUGUACAUCACUCCAGGCUCCCACUGACCUGUGCUGCCCACACCAUGGAUCAGCAAAGAGAUAAAUAUGGUGAGCGGCCUGCCCGGAGCACGAAAGUUUCCCAGGGCAGCCGUAGUGGACACUCGUCACGACCAUCUGGCUCUUCGAGCUCCUCGGGGGUCCUCAUGGUGGGGCCAAAUUUUCGUGUUGGCAAAAAGAUUGGCUGUGGAAACUUUGGUGAAUUGAAGCUUGGUAAAAAUCUCUACACCAAUGAGUAUGUAGCUAUCAAACUGGAGCCAGUGAAGUCGAGGGCACCACAGUUGCAUUUAGAGUACCGGUUCUACAAAACACUGGGAAAUACAGCAGAAGGAGUGCCUCAGGUGUUUUACUUUGGGCCCUGUGGGAAAUACAAUGCCAUGGUUCUGGAGCUGCUGGGCCCGAGUCUAGAGGACCUCUUUGACCUUUGUGACAGGACCUUCUCACUGAAGACUGUCCUAAUGAUAGCAAUUCAGUUGAUUUCUCGAAUGGAGUAUGUCCACUCUAAAAACCUAAUCUAUAGAGAUGUAAAACCUGAAAACUUUCUCAUUGGACGGCAAGGAAAUAAAAAGGAACACAUUAUCCACAUCAUUGACUUUGGCUUGGCCAAAGAAUACAUCGACCCUGAGACCAAAAAACACAUUCCAUACAGGGAGCAUAAGAGUUUGACUGGCACUGCUCGGUAUAUGUCCAUCAAUACACAUUUAGGCAAAGAGCAAAGCCGGCGAGAUGACCUCGAGGCCUUAGGCCACAUGUUCAUGUAUUUCCUUCGUGGGAGUCUACCUUGGCAAGGACUAAAGGCCGACACAUUGAAAGAGCGAUACCAGAAGAUCGGAGACACAAAACGAAACACUCCCAUUGAAGUCCUCUGUGAGAACUUCCCAGAGGAGAUGGCCACCUACCUGCGAUAUGUGAGACGAUUGGACUUCUUUGAAAAGCCGGACUAUGAAUAUCUGAGGACUCUAUUCACUGAAUUGUUUGAGCGCAAAGGAUACACCUUCGACUACACUUAUGACUGGGUUGGCCGGCAGAUACCGACACCUGUGGGGUCUGUGCACAUAGACUCUGGAGUGUCUGCUGUCACAAGAGAGAGCCACCCUCACAGAGACCGGCCCUCGCAGCAUCAACCAAUCAGAAAUCAGACCGCAGCCUCAGAUCGACGAGGAGCAUGGGAGCUGCAGCCCACACGCCAAGCAAACUCUUCCUAUUUGACCUCUCACCUGGCAGCGGACAGGCACGGGGGAUCAGUGCAGGUGGUGAGUUCAACCAACGGGGAACUGAAUGCAGACGAUCCACUGGCAGUUCAUUCCAAUGCUCCGAUUACAGCUCAGGCAGAGGGGGAAGUGGUCGACGAGGCCAACUGCGUGAAAAUGCUCAACCUGUGGUGCUGCUGUUUCUUCAAGCGAAAACGAAAGAAGAACACGCAGAGGCACAAAUGAUCGUCCACCACUGGCCCGAAAUGUUCUGAGUGUCCGGCUCAGCUGAUUGUGAUUCCAGAAAUCAACAAAGGUCCCAUUCAGAAUCAACCAAGGGAGACGACAAAAAGAUCUCGAUUUGAAUUUUCCUCUCUAAGGAACAGUUUAAAGGGGUCUGAGAUGUUCAAGAGGCUCGUGUCUUUUGAUUGGAGUCCUAUUCAGGAGACCUAUUUGUUGGAUUUUUGUCAGGGGAUAAUCUUGUUUUGCUUUUUAGUUUUCAUUCACUCCAAGAUGCCCCACAUUUGUAUUUUUCUCUCAAUGUUUUUUUUUUUUUUUAAAUGUGUGUUUAUUGGCUGUGCUGUUGCAAGGGCAGAGACCGAUCUUCCUGCGUGGUCUUGCCACCUCAACCUGUUGCAUACUA